AUGAAAAAUUGUCCUGGAACCACACUCACUGGCAGUCUUUUGAUGCCACAGAAAGCACUAGAAUUGCGGUUUAUCGAGGCCGAUAUCAGGGAAGAAUUGCUGGACGAAGGAAAGCCUCCGUCUGAUUCUCAACUGUCCAAAGUUGACUUUACCCGUCUUCAUGAUAAUCAAGAAGCUUCACCUGGGGGAGUCACCCUCUCAGAAUACACAUUCCCAUAUCUCACUCGCCUGGCGAGAUUCACAGAAGAAAGAUCUGCGUCAAUUCGUCUAUGCGCCCGUAUUGGAUGGGACCAUUUCGACAUCUGGAGGCCACUUCUCAUGUACGCCGGUACCCGGGAUCUUUUCCGAUGGACUGUCCGAGGAAAGACGGAUGCUUCUGGGUGGCCUUUGUCGUACCUUACGUUAUCUGCAAAGCCGGAACCCCCCAUUGCCUGCGGCCCCUUGCGUGAUAAGCACCCUCGUUGGCCCUACAAGAGUUGGUUAUCUCCUUUUGGCCACCAUUUCAGAACAGGCGUCCUCAAUUGA